AUCAACAAAAAAUUUUCUUGUUUUCUUUCCAUUUCUUUCAUUCAUAUUUCUCACAUUUAGGAUUUAUUUCAUGUAAAUUAAUUGAAUUUAUUUUACAUUUAUACGUGCGAUAAAAGGCACUGAACGUUAAUCAACGAAGAUAAUAGAAAUACUUUUACAAUUACCUUCAUUAAAAUACAUUUAAAUGUGAAAGUGCACACCUACUGUCAUUAUUAUAACAAAUUCACAAUGAAUAAAAUGGAUUUAAAUGAACUUGUGAGCAAAAAUCAAUCUAUUAAAAUUGUUCCAUCGGUUGAGGAUUCUUUACGCAACAUUGGAUUAAACGUGGACUUGGAUGAAAACAGUAGUAUCUGGUUUAAGCAAUUGAAAACGGCAUGGAGGACGUGGAAAAAGAGCCCAACUAUCGAGAACAGCAUCGAAAUAUUUUUUCAGUCAGUUCUUGACCCUUAUAGAGUUGCACUGGUUUUUGUUAUAAAAUGUGAAGAAUGUAAAGAUUGCAAGCCUAAAUCUCUGCCAUUUUAUAUUGUUGAAACACUCCAGAAAUGGUCGGUAACAAGUAGAUCUUUGCCAGAAGAAUCGGUAAAAUUGCCCGCCUUUCACAUAGCCAUUCAGCAAAGAAAUCAACAUUUUUUGAAUUUGGUUGUAAAAACAUAUCAGAUAUCUGCAAUCAAAGAAACUAUUUUACCUAUUGUAAAAGAUAUGAUACAGAAUGACAAUUGUAAACAAGCAUCACAGAUAGUUAUGGCAAUGGAAUUGUUUGAAGAUAUACCAGUUGAAAAUCUGUUGUUUCCUCUAAUACUCCAAGACAAGACUAGCAUGAUAGAUGAAUACUUAUCUGAAUGCCCAAAUCAAGUGCAACCACUUCUGGUAUUUUUAGAUAAGUUACUGGACAAGAACUUUAGGACCCGAGAUUUUGUACAGAAAUAUAUAGAGGACAAUAAAAUUUGUCAUGUUAAAUAUGAUAAAAUUCAUUAUAAACCAUUAGGUAAAUUAGUGGCCCGUCUGUGCAAUAAAUUUAAUAUACCUAUAGAAACAUGCAAAAAUCUCAGCAAAAACCGUACGACAGGUGGACUGAAGUAUUUGAUACACCAAAAGUAUCAAGAACAUAAUGUAAGUUCAUCAGUUUGGGAAGAUUUAGUGAAGGAUUCAUUGAAUCAAAAUGCAGACUCUGCUCUCGAAUUUAUUGACAUGUUAGUAGAUUAUGAUAGAAAUGAAGCCCUAAAAUGGGCUUCAUAUCUCAAUAUAGCAAAAAAUAAGUUACCUUUAGCUUUAAGGAAUAUGUCGUUGCAAGAAGCUCCAGAAGAGAAUUGGGAAACAGAUUUAAAUGUUCCUCAUGAUUAUUAUAAGUUUUCAUUACUUCCUGAACAAAUUGUAAUUAUUGACACAGGUGAAAAGUUUUAUGAUUUGAUGGUUUCAACUUUAGCUACUUGUAAUGUAGUCAGUAUUGAUUGUGAAUGGAAGCCAUCAUUUGGUGCAACACAGUCACAGGUUGCAUUGGUUCAGGUUGCAACUCAUAAUAAUGUUUACUUGAUAGAUGCAUUGUUACUGAAUAAGCAACAAUAUAUUAGCUUUUGGUAUACUUUUAAUAAGUCAUUCUUAGAUAAUGCAGAAAUUGUUAAGUUAGGAUUUGGACUAGAGCAAGAUUUAAAAGAAAUAAAAGCUUCAGUAAAUGGUCUUGGAAAUAUAAAAGUGAAAGGAGAAGGUUUAUUAGAUCUAGGUUUACUUUGGAGAAGCCUAUUGAACAAUGGUCUUAUUUUGCCUGGUAACAGUGACAAUGGAGGUAAUAGUCUCAGUUCUUUAGUUCAAUCCUGUUUUGGUUUACCAUUGGAGAAAUCUGAACAGUGCUCCAAUUGGGAACUUCGACCUCUGAGAGAUACACAGAUUCUAUAUGCAGCCUUAGAUGCUUAUGUUCUUGUAGAAAUUUAUGAAUUUCUCCAAAAUUUAUGUCAAAAACAAGGAAUCAAUUUUGAUGAAAUUUGUAAUGAUGUAAUGUUAGAAAGAAAAAAGAAAACCUCAAAAAAGACCAAAGUUAUUGAAAGGAUUCAAUCAUAUGUACAUAAUAUUCAAACAAAAUCAGUUCAAGAUGUAAAACUAUUGGUUGAUUUUUCAUUAUCUAAUUUAAUGCCUUAUUUACGAUAUUGUGGUAUAGACACAGUAGCCAUGGAGCCUACUAUGCUAUGGUGUGACACAAUUAAAUUAGCUAUAUCCGAAGAUCGUUUAAUAUUAAUUGUUAAGUUAAAAUGUUCACCAACUCUUAAUUUUCCACAAAGUUCUAUAUUGGACGUAGGUAAAGGCAGUGUUAAAGAACACUUACAAAAAGUAUUAACUAAUUUUAAUAUAUGUAUUAUGCAAAAUAAUUUAUUAACAUUUUGUAUGAAAUGUAAUAGCAAAGAUCUAAAGAAGCUUGACUCCACAGAAGUUUUACAUCUGUGUGAUAGUUAUAAAGCUACUACAAAUACAGAAACACCUGUUACUAGGUAUGUGACUGAUGACUAUGAUGAUGAAGAAGCAAAUUACGAUAACUUUUUAAGUGACUCUGAUUAUGAUGAUGACAUUUAUCAAAUACAACCAGUUAAACAAACCCACCAAUCUAACUGUAAAACUAGUAAAGGUGUGCCAAUUGAAAUUAAUGAUGUUCAGAAACUGUCAGAAACAAAUAAACCAGUGUUUGUAUGUGAAGAUUGUGGGAAUCUAUACUGGGAAGGGGAUGAAUUAUUGAAAUCCGUUAGUGAUACAGUAUACAAAUUAAUCAAUUUGACUAUCUGGUAGAAUUACGAAAUCGUACAAAUUAAAUAUAAUCAUUUAA